AUGAGGGCGUCCUUCGCGUCUUCUUCGCGAGCUGAGCUUGCUCCCCGCGCCAAGCCUCCUUUCCCCGCGUCGUUCUCCUUCUUCGCCUGCGCCCUCCCCUCUGUGUCGGGUCGAGUGCUCCCGCGCCUUCUUCUCCUCUUGUCUCUCUUCGCCGCCGCGGCGCUUCUCCUCCUCGUUCGGCUGCCGCUUCUGCCGCAGGCCCGCGUGUCGCCGUCACCUUCGUCGUCGCUGCCCGCGUCAGUCGUCCUGCUGCAUCCGGCGCUUCUCGCCUUCUCCGUUAACGACCCUGCGGCCUCGCCCAGCGCGGCUGCGCCGCCUCCUUCGCCGACCUUUUGGUCUACGACUGCCUUCCUUCCCCCGCGCCUCCUCGCGACCGCCUCGCGGCUCUGGAGCCCUUGGUUCCUCGCCGCAGGACGCGCAUGGUGGACUACGUGCCCUGCGGUAACUGCAGGGCGCAGCGCGGGGGCAGGUGGCUCGCAAGGCGCCAAAAACGACGGGUUCCACGGCAGCCCGCCCUCGCCUGAAGCGCCAGGGCGCGAGUCGCCUGCGGAGGCGGCAGACGCCGACGCGCGGUGGGAGUUUCACCUCCCUGAGCGGGCGAGAGAGGCGCUGGCGCGCUUCGCCGCGCCGGGGGGGACGCCGCUGCAGGCCGCAGAGACCGGAGAAGAUGAACUCGGCAGCGCGAGAGGCGCCCUCUCGAGCUGGCUUUGCGAUGACUCGCGCGCGGGCGGCGCGCUCUAUAGCGCCCUGAAGGAGGUCGCGUACGCGAACGACCGCUUCCCGCCCUUCCUCGAAGUCUUCCUCUGCGUCACGCUCCUCUGGCUGAGUGUGUUGAUGUAUAACUCGCUCCGCGUCUUCUUGCUCGCGGCGGGUAGGCUUCUUCGCGGGCUUUCCCGUUCCCCCUCUGCGGAAGGCGCGCCCUGUGGGCCUUCGUUUCUCUCCUCAGUCGGCGAUGGAGCGUCCGCGGCGAGGCAGCGCGAAAGCAAGUAUGCUGUCGCCAGCGCCCACGCGCAGGCGGGAGAGGAGGCGCCUCGCGCGUCCUGUGAGCCGCGCUGCCGCUUCCUCCUUGCGCUUCUCGCGAUUCUGCCAAAAUUCGUCUUCGACUUCGCGCUCCUCGUCCUGCCGGUCCUCGCGGGCGUCUGCCUCCCCGCCUCGCUCGUGCCCGCCUCCCUCGUCGUCGGCUCUCUCACCGCUGCGUGGGCUGUUGGCGCUUGGGUUCUCGAAUUCCCUCAUCGUUCGCCCUUCAAGCGAAGCGAGACUGGCGCGGUGCACCAGGCAGUCUUCGCCACCGACGAGCGUGGGCGCGUUUUGGCCUUGGAGGAGUAUCGCGGCAUUUUGAUGAUUGCCACGUGCAUCGCGAUCUUCGGCGUCGACUUCUUCAUCUUUCCCAGAAGCCUCGCCAAAACGUCAACCUAUGGCGUCUCUCUGAUGGAUCUCGGCGUCGGGUGCUUUGUCUUUGGUGGCGGCCUUGUGUCUCCGCAAGCGCGAGUGCACGUGUCCCUGCGGAGACGCAGAGGCUCUCCAUCGCCUCCGUUGCACUCCGCAUCUCCCAGAGGCGCGGAAGCGGACUGCAAGCUGCGAAGCGGCGCAGAGAGACGCGAUGAAGGCGAGCCACGCGAGUUGAUGUGCAAAGAUGCCGAGACGCGCGAAAUCGAGAAGGAACGAGCCGCUACGCCGCCCGACACCGCAUUGCACGCAGAGAGCUGCGAACGAGAUGGAAGGCCUCGUGAUGAAACCGCCUCGAGAGAGAAAAAUAAGAGCUUCAAGGCUUUGGGAAGCGAAGAGAAAGCUUCUCGAGGGUACCUAGGCAAAGCCGGGCGAGCGGUCCGGAGGAGCGGGCUCCUUGCCAUCGUGGGCGUCGGGCGCUUCGCGAUUCUUUCGUUCCUCAACUACUACACGCCGGUGACGGAGUACGGUAAACACUGGAACUUCUACGUGACGCUGAUGGUCCUGUAUCUUGCUGCCGAGCUGCUCCUCUCCGACCUGCCGGUGAACCCCGUCCUCUGUGCACCGCUGGGCAUCGGCCUCGCUGCAGUUUACCAGCUUCUUCUGACGGCGACAGACGCGGAGACUUGGGUGCUUUCGGCGAGCAGAGACAAUUUGUUCACCGCAAACAGGGAAGGAAUUCUGGGCUGCAUAGGCUUUUUUGCCCUGUACAUGCUCGGCGCGGGCGUUGGGACUCUCGUGUUUGACGCGACGUCUUCGUCUGCACCGAGCGCGACUGACGCGAAAGAGCCAGUCGAGGGAGAGCGAAGCACUCCGAGCAACGCCUCCUCGUCGUCGCGAUUUCUUCUCAUCGCAGUGAUACUUCUCGGCGCGGUGUGCUGCUACCUCGCGGCCCUAGUUUUGGCGUUCUACUUCAACCUGCUUCCGAUGCGCCGCUUGAUCAAUCUGCCUUGGAUUCUCCUCGUCGCUGCGCUAAACCUCUACGGUAUUGGGGGCCUCUUCUUGUCUGACGCAGUGAUUGGCCGUGCAAGCUCGCGGGCGUCGUAUCUUUUAUCCGGCAUCUCUCAGAACCAAAUCUUGAUAUUUUUGGUCGCCAACGUGCUGUGUGGGCUGGGGGGGUUGAGUCUGAAAACGCUUCUCGUGUCUCCUUUGGUGGCAUUUUCUCUGCUUGCCCUCUAUGCUUCGGCGUGGUCGCUUCUGUCUUUUGUCCUCGGAUACUUCAAAAAACGAAUUCCUCUAAUGUUGUAG